ACGUGUCGUAUUAAAUGAAAAAAAAAAAACAAAAACAAAUGUUCUGAAAACAACAACGGGGAAAGUGAAAGCUCAAGAAUGGCGGAGAAAAUAAAUUCGCUUGCUGUGGCACUCCCAGUUCACAAAUUCUAGUGUCACUUGCUGGCCUUUUUCUAUUUUGCCACAACUUAGCAUUCACCAACCUAACUUAUGAGUGUACAAACACAUAAUAAACUGGUUUACAUAGAUCUACCGUUAUAUCAUAUCAAUAUCAACACACUAUGCUAGCUGCUUUAUGAACUCUAUGUGGUGGGUGUAUAUAGGGUAAUGGCACAUGUCACUUAUAUGAAAAUUAUUAGGAUUAACCUGCCACAAUGGCUGUCAGCGAUUCGUUGAACUUUGGAGAGUGGCGAAUCGAAGAAAACAACGUCAAAUAGGUUGACAUAGUUAGAACAGAAACGGAAAAGUGGUGAAUUGAAAGCGGCUAGAACUUAUGGAAGUUGUGUGAAAUAUUGUAAUCUAUAUAGCUUCAUCCAAUAGCAUCACCCUGUAUUUAAUAUACUGCACCCAUACAUGCGAAGAUUAAUAAAUUUACUCAUUCUAGUAGAGUUUGGCGAAGUUUACCGUUAAGGAUAUUUAAAAUUCAGUAUUCCUUUAGCUUUUGCACGUAGCGCUUCCUCCGAAGAAACUCAAAAUUAAAAUAAACCUAGAAUUUAUACAUAGUAAAAGAGUAUACAAAAAACAAUUAGUGUAAAAAAAAAACAAAUUGUGUUUAGAUUAAUUGUGAAAUAACAACAAAACUAAAGUUCACAAGUUUAAGUACUCGAAGUUAAUACUUUACUUUAAAAGAACUCAACAAACACCACAUUUAAUAGUUUAUAUUGAAAGUAAUCGGCAAUGAACAUGGAAGAAGAUUCCGAACCUGUGUGGCUGGAAACAGUUACUAUUGGCGGUUUUCGUGUUUGGCAUAUAAUAGCGAUUUGUCUAGGCAUAUCAUUGAGUAUCUUAAUUAUGGUCUGCUGUUGCAUACGAUUCCGUAUCCCACGCACCAAACAAGAAAUAGAGGCGGACUAUCAGCGUAAACAAAUCACAAAGAAAUUUCGCGAGAAACUUCAGCAAAUCAAAAAUUCCGAUAUGGACGAAAUGGACUUACAAAAAGCCAUUGCACACAUUCAAGCGGAGUAUUUAUCAGCACAAAACAGCUGCGGCACCAGCGACGCUGACAAUGCAAUCAAAGAUCCAUAUGGAAGUCUAAAAUUUAAAAGCAACAUACAAGUGCCUGCGUAAAUGAGCACUUACAUACAUACGAACAUACAUACUUACUGCAUGUUAAUAAUAAUUAUAUCAGAAAUAUAGUUAAAUAUUUAAAAGUACACGGAUUUUGAUUAUCAAUAUUGCAAUUGUUUUAUUAUUUGUGGAUUCUAUAUCAAAUUCUUUGAUCGGCAGCAUUACAAACUAACGCAGCUGUGUUACUUCACAUUUCACAUUAUCUAGGAUGUAUUUUAAAAUUUCAUUUUUAUUAAAUUUAUUAUUACUUAUUUCGCCUUUAAUCAGCGCCAUUAAAUAACACGUUUACUCCGGUAUGGAACUUAAUUGUAGUUUAAUUUCAUUAGGGCUGUUACCAAAUUAUUAAUCCUAUUAUGUCUCGAGGAAUUGUUUUUGUAUUGUUUUGUGGUGUUUUAGUUGAUUAAUUUUACUCUUAGUUUUUAAUACUCUUAGCAUUUUAUGAUUUUUAUAUGCCGACAGAAUAUAUUCCCUGGCAUGUUUUCAAACGCGCGCAAUUUAUUUCUUUCAUUUUUCAAUUAAUUUUCACGGCUU